AUGAAUAAUGAGAGAUUGAAAAAAAUUGCUAUGCAAUUUAAAACGCAUUCUGGAUAAAUUAAAUAAACUACUAAAAACCUUAUUCUGUACUUUGGAUGUGCUUUCCUAAUUGUAAACAUUUUAGAGUGGAAACUUCUUUAUUUACCAAGUAUUGAUGGAUAAUUUGCUCAUAAUAACUACUAUCAAUAUAGAUCACCUCAAGAAAGGUAUAUAAUUGAUUUUUAAUUAAUUCUUUAUAGAAAUCUACCUUUUGAAAAUAUAGAAAUCCAUCAUGAUGGUAUAGAAUUAAAGGGUUGGUUUAUUAAAUAAUAAAAUUAUCAAAAAGUUCCUACAGUUGUUUUUUUUCAUGAAAAUGCAGGAAGUAGAAUAAUUGAUCAAUUUUAGAUAUUGGAUGGAGAUUGGAAUAUGCUUAAUAAUAUUAUGAUCAUGUUAAAUGCAAUUUUGUUAUAGUUGCCUAUCGAGGUUAUACUUAUAGCACUGGUACACCACAUUAAGAAGGAAUAUAAAAAGAUGCGGAAGCAAUUACUAACUAUGUUUUUAACAAUUUAAAUAUUGAUAAAUAAAAAAUUUAUGCACAUGGAAGAAGUCUUGGGGGAGCUGUAGCUACUUAUGCUUUUUAUAAAAGAUAAUAAUAAAAUGAGGAAUUACAAUAUAGAGGUUUGAUUAUUGAAAAUUCAUUCACACAGGUAAAUGAUGUUGUUGGAAGUAUGAAUGGUUUAUUCAAAAUAAUAAGUCCUCUCAUUAUUUUUAAUACAUGGAAAACAAUAGAUAUAAUACCAUAAAUUAUUAAUCCAAUCUUAUUUAUUUCAUGUAUAAAAUUAUUAAAUCUCUAUCCUAGCUGGUAAAGAUGAAGUAAUUCCUUAUAAAUAAAUGAUUUCUCUCUCUUAAGCUGCUAUUAAAACAAAAUAAAAAUUUGAAUACCAUAUUCCUUAAGGAGAUCAUAAUAAUAAUUGGACGUUUGAUAAGAAUGAAUAUUUUAAGACAAUUUAAAAUUUUAUGAAUAAAGCUGCUUAAUUCUGA